AUGUCAUCGAAGAAAUUCUACAGCGACUUGGCCUUGGCCAAGGCUGCCUCCUUCGGCCAUGUAUCCAACAUCCGUCGAGGCGAACUGGAAGAUGGAAUAUCUUUCUUGUUUUCUGUUGAGGCUCUGGAACUUGCCGUCAACAUGGAAUUGGUUAUUCGAGACAUCACCGAGUACACGAAGAGCGCCUCAUUUAUGCUCAUCACAUCCUACGAAAAUCCCGGCGAGGCCGACGUCUCCAAGAAUCUUCAGGCGCUCUCGAACGAUAUUCCUGCCAAUGGAACCGUUAGCGAAAUUCUGGCUUUCCUGUCCGACUCUCUUUUGGCGGCACUGACGACACGACUUGACGAAAUGGACGUCAGCCAAGCGUCCGACUUCGACGAUUCCUCUGUCAUGGAUCAGGACUACCACGAUGAGUGGGACGACCCGCACGCGGCCACGGACGGAUUUGGCAAGCCCAAUACUCAUCUUGCUGAGAUCCCUGACAACGCCAAGCUGGGAAGCAUCAAGGCUGUGGGCGGGCAAGAGCUCAAACGUGCGCUUUCCAAGGCAAAAACAGCGAAGCUCAUAGUCGGACUUCUGCCGGCCGAGCACCGGCAGUUUCCCCGGUUCAUAUCACUUGCUGUUCGAGUCUCGGCCCUCGGACUACCCUCAGAUGUCCUUGAAGCCUGGGGCCUUAAGUCGACCGAGUACUUGGUCCUCUUGAUUCACUUUGCCAACGGGUAUCCCGAGCUUGCCAAAUACGAGGCUCUCCCUGAAAAGCAACUGGAUGUGCAGUUUCGGUUCGGCAAAUGCGCCAUCCCCAAGCCGUCCCAACAAGCUGCUACUCAGGCCUUUUUCGGAACCGCGGAUGGGACGCAGCGUCGUUCCACUACGUCAAAUGAUCCUAAACCCAACGAAGAUGAAAGCACGCAGGUGUCCGCUUUCCUCGUAAACCACAUGUCAGCACCCAUCAAUAGGCAACUGAAUCAGGACCUGCAUGGGCUCCUGCGCCUAAGGAGACGACAUCGCAUGUCGUGGAGCGCGGUUCAAAAGUUGCUAUCCCACUCGCAAAAUGACUCCUGCGCUGAGUUUCAGCCUAUGGACUUGGACGAAGAGGCCAUUAUUAGCAACCGGGUUCCUGAGGCGCUGCAGGUCGACUACGCGCUCGACGAUGAGGAUCAGGUGAGCCUCCCGUUGGUGGCAAUGCAGUUUGCACUUCGGCAGCUUGUUCGUUGCACUGAGCUUUGCAUGGCGUGCCACGAGGCCAUGGGCGAGGGCCUUGGGUCGGGAUCACUGAAACCAUACGUUUGCGAGAAGCCUCUCUGCUUGUACCAGUACCUGUCCCUUGGCUUCGGUCCGAGCAUUGAGCACGAAAUCAUCAACAACCCUCUUGUCGUUGACGUUUUGGUAUCCCUAGCCUACUCGGCGGUCAUAUCUGGGAGAAUCCGAGACUUUCCUCUCGCGCUUUCUGUAACAGUCCCGAACCUCAACAAGCCCCCGAAUUGGUCGAACGCGGAGCUGCCGCUCACGUCAGCCAUCAGCCUUUGCGAAGUCAUCAACCGGCCACGCGACUUCGUUUCCUCGACGCCGCAUUAUGUUAUCAAUCGAAUCGACUGGGUCCAAUGCCGCUAUCUGUUCUUUCCAUUUACCCAGGCUGUAUCCACGGCCGUCAGCGAGUGGAUGGCAGCCCUGAAGAAGCAGGAGUUGGACGAUUCCGUUCCACAAGCGCCCGAAGCACAAUUGUUCGACAUGCUUUCCAGGCCGGUCCUGGUGCCGUGGCAAGCGAUACCGCCCGAGAGGCGUUCCCAGUUGCGCAGAAAAUUCGGCGGCGCCGAGCACGCGGAAGAGGUCAGCUAUGGAGAUGACGGCCGCAAUGAAUGGGGCGGCGACGACCUGGAGCUACUGGUGGGCUGCGACUCUGCGACCGAGUGCCCGAGAAAAGGGGAGACGGAACCCCAAAGCCCGGUCCGAACUCCGUCGAGAGAAACAAAGGUAACGCCAUACUUCCCUGGCACACUCGAUCUAAGCUCGAUCCCCAAACUGCCCGAGCCGUCGUGGGCUACUUCCUCCCGUCAAGCCCUCCAGGUCUUGAAUCGAGAGGUCAAGGACAUACAUCGGAUUCAGUCAAAGACCGCAUUCGACGAGCUGGGCUGGAGUGUAAACACGGAGGCGAUUGACAAUAUCUUCCACUGGAUUGUUGAGCUGCACAGUUUCGACACUUCGCUGCCCCUGGGCCAAGACAUGAUGCGCAUGGGCGUUUCCAGCAUCGUCUUGGAGAUUCGCUUCGGCGCCGGCUUCCCCAUGUCGCCGCCUUUUGUGCGAGUUGUUCGGCCUCGGUUCUUGCCAUUCUCCAAGGGCGGUGGCGGUCACGUCACAGUGGGCGGCGCCAUCUGUUCAGAGCUGCUAACCAACUCUGGCUGGUCGCCAGCUUUGAGCAUGGAGAAGGUCCUUUUGCAAGUCCGAUUGGGACUAUGUGAGUUGGACCCCGCGGCCAGGCUGGACACGACGAUGCAGGGCAGGGACUAUAACAUCUUUGAGGCUGUCGAGGCGUACAAACGGGCUGCCGCCGCGCACGGGUGGCGGGUUCCGGCCGAGAUCCAGGCGAUGACACUGGCUUGGCUUGAGGCACCUGCUCACAACUGA